GACCUUAAAGCUGAUAACACGUUAAUAGGGUUAAGCACCUUUAUAGGAAUAAUUCCUGAAAUAGUAGUUUUUUAUUUUGGGAAAAAUAUCAUAGAAUUUACGUUUCCGGAAGUUAUUAUUGUAGCAGGAGGAAUGAUAACUACUCUGAGAGCUUCAUUAUAUGCGUUUUUUGGCCAAAAUAUGAAUCCUUGGUUAGCUCUCCCAAUCGAGUUGUGUCAAGGACUUGAGUAUGGAUUGAUGAAGUCAGCAUCUCUAGAAAUUAUAUCACAAGUAGCACCAUCGAGAUUGAAGGCUACAGCGCUUGGCAUAGUUGCAGCGACAGAAAGUUUGUCUACAGGUCUUGGACAGAUUGUCGGGGGACUAUUAUACGGAAAUUUUGGAGCCGUUAAAAUGUUUCUAUAUACAGCAUGGAUCGGAAUAUUGACAAUUAUUAUUUACGUUGCUGGACUUUCAUUACAAAAAAGACGAUCCUAUUACUCUUGA